AUGACCUUCUCCCUGGUGUACGCGUUCGCGCUGAUCGUACCGACACUCUCAUUUUGUGCGACAUUUGCUUUGGGCACAUACCUGAUUGAACAGAAGAAGAUCCUCAUGGUGGAUAUGUUCAGAGUUUUUCUUGUGUUCAGUAUGGGCUCCCAGGGACUUGGGCACGCUGCUGCGGCUAAUCCAGAUGCAAAGGCAGCAAUGGAGUCCGCCAAGAAAAUGCUUGCCAUCAUAGAUCGCGUUCCACAAAUAAAGACAGAUGAAGGACAAAACUUCAGUCACUCCAUUAGUCCCGGGCAAACUGUGGCCAUUGUCGGUCAAUCUGGAUGUGGAAAAUCCACUCUGAUUCAGCUAUUGCAACGGUUCUACGACCCAUCGAAUCACAAUCCAGAUUGCGGUUUAUUCUUUGAUGGGAUGAAUUUACGCGAUUUAGCUCCCCAAUGGGUUCGACACCAAAUCGGUUUAGUCUCCCAAGAACCGGUUCUAUUUAAUGUCACCAUACGGGAUAAUAUCGCUUACGGAGACAACACGAGGGAUGUGAGUAUGGAUGAAAUUAUGGAUGCCGCACGUCAGGCGAACAUACACGAAUUUAUUGCCAGUCUACCAAAAGGCUAUGAUACUUUGGCUGGUGAAGGUGGUUCCCAAUUAUCCGGAGGACAAAAACAACGAAUCGCGAUCGCCCGGGCGUUGAUUAGAAAACCAGUUUUACUGCUGUUGGACGAGGCGACAUCAUCGUUGGACAGUGAAAAUGAACGUUUGGUGCAGGCUGCUUUGGACGCGGCCCGUAUGUCACGCACGUCGAUCGUCGUCGCUCACCGUUUGACCACUGUCGAAACCAGUGACGUGAUUGUUGUGAUUGAGAACGGGAAGAAAAUCGAGGAAGGUAGUCCCACAGAUCUGUUGGAGGCCAAAGGAGCUUUUUACGCCCUGCACCAUGCAGAGAGUGCCCGCUAA